UUUGCAGCUGCACUAAUCAUCACUAGAUGAAACAAAUAGUUUGUGACUCAUAAUAUAGUCUGCAGGAUAUAAACAUAGGUCCUAUUGUUCACCUUGCAGCCGGUGAUGUCGAUCUAAGCGGAAGACAAAUCAAUUGGAGUUAAAACCGAGCAUAAUUUGGGAGCUUCUGCGAGGAACACACACAAAGGUGCGUGGAAGUGUUGGGAUCCGUGUGUUUUUGUGUGGACGGAACAACAACAGCCACAGCGAUGGUGGGAAUUAUUGAUGAGGCACAGCUGUUUUAUCCGUUGGGGACCCGCAUCAAGAUAGCCGAAAACUAUGGCACAGUGCGUUAUGUGGGACAGGUUAGCGGCUACAUGGGCACAUGGCUGGGAAUUGAGUGGGACGACGGGUUGCGGGGCAAGCACAAUGGCGUCGUAGACGGCAAGCGCUACUUCCAGACACAGACGCCUAUGGCGGGCAGCUUUAUCAGGCCGGGAAAGGUGGGUCCGUGCGCCACUUUGGAGGACGCUGCCCGGGAGCGGUAUUUGAACUACGACUCGAACAACGUCGAUAAGUCGCUCAUCCGGGAGGCUCAAGCUAGCCUGCAGGCAUCCCUCUUCGAGGUCGUGGGCAUGGACAAAAUCGCUCGCAAGCAGAGCAAGUUCGAGCAGCUGGCUGAGAUAAGCGUCGAUCAGACACCAGUGAACGCUGCUGGGUACUUGAAGGAACUGACACAGCUGACCACGCUGAAUGUAAGCCACACCUUGAUUUGGAACUGGCAGAUCGUAGCCAGCAUCGCGCAGCAGCUGCCUUCCCUGACUAGCCUAAACCUUAGCUGCAAUCGACUGAUUCUGCCAACGACCUCCGAAAUCGCUGAAUUGGAGCCCGCCUUUCGGCAACUAAAGCGCAUCAAUCUGCGCAACUGCGGCUUCACAGAAUGGAAGGACGUGAUGCAGACCGCGCUUCUUUGGCCAAAUAUUGUGUCACUGGGUCUGCAGGAGAACUCUUUUGGUCAGCUUGCCGAAGUUGACCGAAAGAAGAUCUUUAGGCAGCUUCAGGAGCUCGACUUGCACCGCACGAAAAUAAUGGAUUUUGACCAGGUGGCAAAGUUGGGCAACUUGACGACGUUGCGCAUGUUAAAUCUCAUGGAGAACGGCAUCGAAGAGAUACAACUUCCCGAUUGUGAUCCCCAAGAAAAGCUUAAUAUGUUCGCCUCUUUGGAACAAUUAAACCUUCUUCACAAUCCCAUAUGGAACGAAGCUGAUGGCUUUAACGAGCUUGACAAGCUUCCCCAGUUGAGGCGCCUGAACAAAACUCCGCAUCUGAAGUCCAAUUUUGAUGAAAUGUUCUCCAAGGCCGUUGCUAGCAUUGGCGGCCUACAAUUUAUCAACAAGGCCCAGGUGACAGCGGAGGAAAGACGUGGUGCCGAGUACGAUAUUUGGAAAAAGUAUGCCCCGGAUUGGAUGCGUGCGACGCAACAAGGAUCGGAUUCCUUACGUGAGUUUAUCCGGAGGCAUCGCACCUAUCCGUUGCUGGUCAAAAAGUAUGGUUCCCCGAUAGACUUUAUACCACCAAGCCAAACGAAACGAUCAAACUUAAUUAAUGUUUGCAUACGGCAUCAGCUGACGGGCGAAUCUUGGGAGAAAAAAGUUCCACGAAUGAUUACUGUGCAAACACUGCAAGGUUUGGUUAUAAAGCGAUUUCGACUAGGCGGUAACGUUCCCCAGCUGUGCUACGUUGAUGCCCAGCACCCCGAACUAGUUGUUCCGCUGGACAAUAAUGCAAAAACGUUGGACUUCUAUUCUGUACAGGAGCACGACACAAUUUUGGUUCAAUAGCGCACGCAUUUUAAGUUGGCGAAUAAUCCCUUUUUCGUAUUAGUAGUUUUAGGCGAUCGAAAAUCAAAAAAUUCGUGUGGAUGUUUCUUUUUACCACCCUACUUUGUUAAUGCUAUUUUUACGUUGAAAUAGUUAAUUUUACCUUUUUAAUUUUUGUUUUUUUUUUUUUUGGCAUUACAAAAAACUAAGAACUUUAAUAAAAAUAUUUAUGAUUCGUCUCCACCGCACAUUGUUGGCUAAAAUAAUGGUAGAGUAUUAUCAUA